AAUCUCCCUACUCAUCUCUGCUUAUACGACCUACCGAUAAAGUGACGCUGCUGCUCGUGCUAACAGUCUAUAGCACGUGAGUGCCGUGUCUCCAAUAAGUGGUCUGUGAUAUUACCUUAACUGGUUGUAUGGCGAACUUCACGUAGUGGAAUAGGGCUAUUCGAACGGCUACUUAACGUACUACAUAUUCCUAAAAGAAAAAAUACAAACAAACUCUUGGUUUAUUGAUAAGAAAUUUAUUCCCGCAAAGUAUUGCCGAAUCUGAUACUUUUAAAUAUAAAUAGAAGUUCACAAUGAGUGAGAGUGAAUCUAUAUAUGGAACAACGUUAUCUCAAGAAUCUAUGAAAGUUAUCGCAGAAAGUAUUGGUGUUGGAAAUUUGCCUGAUGAAGCUGCGAAAGAUCUUGCUGAAGAUGUGAGUUACCGACUUAAAGAGAUCAUACAGGAUGCUGCAAAAUUUAUGCGACAUGGUAAAAGACAGAAAAUGUCAAUGCAUGAUAUAGACCAUGCUCUAAAAAUAAAAAAUAUUGAACCUACCUAUGGAUUUUUUGCAAAAGAUCAUGUUCCAUUUCGAUUUGCUUCUGGUGGAGGCAGAGAAUUACAUUUUGUCGAAGAAAAAGAAAUUGAUCUUAAUGAAAUGGUAUCUAUGUCUGGUAGUCAAACAUGGCCAAAAUUACCCUUAGAAAUUACGUUACGAGCACACUGGCUUUGUAUUGAUGGGGUGCAACCUACUAUACCAGAAAAUCCACCACCAGUCUCUAAAGAUGCUCAAAAGUUAGAAAGUGUAGAUCCAACAAGCAAACUUUCGAAUAAAGGUCAAAGUAUGGGUGUUGGUAAACCUGGAGGGGGAGGUAAAAGUAAAAAAUUACGAAAUGUUGAAACUGUUCAUGUGAAGCAGCUUGCAACUCAUGAAUUAAGCGUUGAACAGCAAUUAUACUAUAAGGAAAUCACAGAAGCUUGCGUUGGGUCGGAUGAAGCACGUAGAGCAGAAGCGCUUCAAUCUCUUUCUGCAGAUCCAGGCCUCCAUGAAAUGUUAGCUCGUAUGUGCACAUUUAUUGCAGAAGGUGUGCGAGUUAAUGUGGUUCAAAAUAACCUUGCCCUCUUGAUUUAUUUAAUGCGAAUGGUGAAAGCGUUACUCGACAAUCCAAGUCUUUAUUUGGAGAAAUAUUUACAUGAACUUAUUCCAUCAAUUGCAACCUGCAUAGUUUCACGUCAGUUAUGUAUGAGGCCAGAAAUGGACAAUCAUUGGGCUUUGCGAGACUUUGCAUCUAGACUCAUGGCCCAAAUAUGUAAAAAUUUUAAUACAUCGACUAAUAAUGUUCAAACUAGAGUAACUCGUAUGUUUAGCCAAGCAUUGACGAAGAAUAAUCAAACGCAUUUAGCAUCCUUAUAUGGAGCGAUUGAUGGAUUAUCUGAAUUGGGACCAGAAGUGGUCAAAGCUCUAGUUAUACCAAAAAUAAAGUCAAUUUCGGAGCGUAUUGAAGCAUGCAUUGAAGGACCAGGACUUUCGAGUGUUGAUAAAAACGGCGCAGGUCAUAUAAAAACUCUGCUAGUAAAAUCCGUCGCACCUGUUUUAAAAACUAUGCGACCUCCACCUGAUAUCGUUGAAGAGUAUAAAUUGGAUUAUGGUUACAUUGGACCAACACUUUGUGCCGCUGUAGCUAAAGCUCGUACGCAACCAAUGGCUUUAACGACCAAUGUAGUAUCUGCAACAACAUUGACUACAAAUCAGCAGCAAGGCUCCUCUAAUGUUGGAAAAACAAUGAUGCAGACGACGGAAAAUAUUUCAGUAACGGGUGGCAGCCCAGGUCAACAACAAACAGGACGCACUAUAAUGUUGGGAACGAGUAGAGGUACGGGUGGAAGUACUACCACAGGAGGGCAAAAAUUUGUCAUUCUGCAGUCACGAUCGCAGACUCCAACGACUCCCACUACAAAUCCUAAUCCUCUACAGCAAUCUCAACAGCAACACCAACAGCAAAUAAAAUUUGCACAAGGUUCCACUGGUCAACAAAAGCAGCAUAUAUCAAAUUCCGCCCCAAAGUUAGUAGUUGUUUGUAUGGCAACCAACAAUCACACUAAUACAACUACGAUCUCACAGGCAAAGUCACAAAAUGUUUUCUCUACACAACAAAGUAUUGAGCGCUCACUGAGCCCAAUGGAAGAACAUUCGUUUCAAUAAACUUCUCGGUUAUUCAAUGAAUUACUUUGCUGAUAUGCUAGUUACGUAAAUUAGUAUAAUUUUUACGUAAAUGACAUAUUCCAAUAAUGUACAGUUAAUUAACAUUGUCUUAGUGGAUUCAUAUUGGAAAAGGAAUAAAUCAUUUCUAACAA